AGGCAGCAGCCCGCCUCCUGGGUGCGCGUGCGCACGCGUAGCGGGCGCUCCCCGCACUGAGCAGGCGCCGCCUCGUGUCGGCCUGGGUGCGAGUAGAGCGGCGCGCGCUGCGUCCCGGCGCUCGGCUUUCCCUGCCGGUCCCGCCCUCCGUCGCGGCGGCGCGGUGCACCUUGGGAUAGGGAGCGAUCUCCGAGCGAGGCAGCAAGAUGGACGCGGGAUUCUUCCGCGGAACAAGUGCAGAACAGGAUAAUCGGUUCAGCAACAAACAGAAGAAGCUACUGAAGCAGCUGAAAUUUGCAGAAUGCCUAGAAAAAAAGGUGGACAUGAGCAAAGUAAAUUUGGAGGUUAUAAAGCCUUGGAUAACAAAACGAGUAACGGAAAUCCUUGGGUUUGAAGAUGAUGUUGUGAUUGAGUUUAUUUUCAACCAGCUGGAAGUGAAGAAUCCAGACUCCAAAAUGAUGCAAAUCAACUUGACUGGGUUUUUGAAUGGAAAAAAUGCUAGAGAAUUUAUGGGAGAACUGUGGCCCCUGCUCUUAAGUGCACAGGAAAACAUCGCUGGAAUUCCUUCUGCUUUCUUAGAACUGAAGAAAGAAGAAAUAAAACAGAGACAGAUUGAACAAGAAAAGUUGGCAUCUAUGAAAAAGCAAGAUGAAGACAAAGAUAAGAGGGAUAAGGAAGAAAAAGAAAGCAGCAGAGAAAAAAGGGAGAGGUCUCGAAGCCCAAGAAGACGCAAAUCCAGAUCUCCUUCCCCUAGAAGACGAUCUUCCCCUGUCAGGAGAGAGAGAAAGCGCAGUCAUUCUCGAUCUCCCCGUCACAGAACCAAGAGCCGGAGUCCUUCCCCUGCUCCAGAAAAGAAGGAAAAAACUCCAGAGCUCCCAGAACCAUCAGCAAAAGUAAAAGAACCUUCAGUACAAGAGGCCACUUCUACUAGUGACAUCUUGAAAGUUCCCAAGCCAGAACCUUUACCAGAACCUAAAGAACCUUCUCCGGAGAAAAAUUCCAAAAAAGAAAAGGAAAAGGAGAAGACCCGACCAAGAUCUCGGUCACGUUCUAAAUCAAGAUCCCGAACACGCUCUCGCUCUCCUUCUCAUACUCGACCUAGGCGGCGCCAUAGAUCCAGGUCAAGAUCAUACUCCCCUAGAAGGCGGCCAAGUCCAAGAAGACGGCCAUCUCCUCGCAGGAGAACUCCACCGAGACGAAUGCCCCCUCCACCAAGGCAUAGAAGGAGUAGAUCUCCAGUGAGACGAAGAAGGCGCUCAUCAGCAUCCUUGUCUGGGAGUAGCUCAUCAUCCUCUUCGUCUCGUUCCCGGUCACCGCCAAAGAAGCCCCCUAAGAGGACAUCCAGCCCCCCUCGAAAAACACGUAGGUUAUCUCCUUCAGCAAGUCCUCCUAGACGAAGGCAUAGGCCAUCGCCUCCAGCAACCCCACCGCCAAAAACACGUCAUUCCCCAACACCCCAGCAGUCAAACCGAACAAGGAAAAGUCGUGUUUCUGUCUCUCCAGGGAGAACUUCAGUGACAAAACAUAAAGGUACUGAGAAAAGAGAGUCCCCUUCACCAGCACCCAAGCCUAGAAAAGUAGAGUUAUCUGAAUCAGAAGAAGAUAAAGGUGGCAAAAUGGCUGCAGCAGAUUCUGUGCAGCAAAGACGCCAGUACAGACGACAGAACCAGCAAUCUUCAUCUGAUUCUGGCUCCUCCUCUUCCUCAGAAGAUGAGCGACCCAAGAGGUCUCAUGUGAAGAAUGGUGAGGUAGGCAGGCGGCGGAGACAUUCCCCUUCCCGGAGUGCUUCUCCAUCACCUCGAAAGCGCCAGAAAGAGACUUCCCCUCGGAUGCAGAUGGGAAAGCGAUGGCAAUCGCCAAUGACUAAAAGUGGUAGACGGAGGAGAAGUCCCUCCCCACCACCCACCAGAAGACGACGUUCUCCUUCUCCUGCUCCUCCUCCUCGCCGGCGCAGGUCUCCCACACCACCACCGCGACGAAGGACUCCUUCUCCUCCCCCACGUCGGCGCUCACCUUCUCCAAGAAGAUAUUCUCCUCCAAUACAGAGGAGAUAUUCUCCUUCCCCUCCUCCAAAGAGAAGAACGACUUCUCCCCCACCCCCUCCUAAACGAAGGGCAUCGCCAUCUCCACCACCAAAGCAUCGAGUCUCCCAUUCUCCGCCUCCCAAACAAAGAAGCUCCCCAGUCACCAAGAGACGUUCGCCUUCAUUGUCAUCAAAGCAUAGGAAAGGGUCUUCCCCGAGCCGGUCUACCCGGGAGGCCCGGUCACCACAACCAAACAAACGGCAUUCGCCCUCCCCACGGCCUCGAGCUCCUCAGACCUCCUCAAGUCCUCCACCUGUUCGAAGAGGAGCAUCAUCAUCACCCCAAAGAAGGCAGUCCCCAUCUCCAAGUACUAGACCAAUUAGGAGAGUCUCCAGGACUCCGGAACCCAAAAAGACAAAAAAGGCUGCCUCACCAAGCCCUCAGUCUGUAAGGAGGGUCUCAUCCUCCCGAUCUGUCUCAGGAUCUCCUGAGCCAGCAGCUAAAAAACCCCCAGGACCUCCAUCUCCUGUCCAGUCUCAGUCACCCUCUACCAACUGGUCCCCAGCGGUACCGGUCAAAAAGGCUAAAAGCCCGACACCAAGCCCAUCACCGGCAAGGAAUUCGGACCAAGAAGGAGGUGGAAAGAAAAAGAAGAAGAAGAAGGACAAGAAACACAAAAAGGAUAAGAAGCACAAGAAACACAAAAAACACAAGAAGGAAAAGGCUGUGGCUACAGCUGCUGCAGCUGCUGUAAGCCCUGCAACCAUUGCUGCCCCCACGACCACAUCAGCACAGGAAGAACCAGAGGCAGAACCAGAGCUGAAGAAGGAGACUGAAAGUGAAGCUGAAGAUAACCUUGACGACUUAGAAAAGCACCUGCGUGAAAAGGCCCUGAGAUCAAUGCGGAAGGCUCAAGUGUCCCCACAGUCUUAGGUGGAAAUGUUUGUUAUGAUGUAAAUUUUAUUUGGUUUGUACUCAAUUCAAUUUCAAAAUUGCUAAAAUGUGUUUGAGCUUUAGACUAUAACAUUUGUUGUAAUAAUUGCUAGGUUGAAGUUCACCAUGUAUAAAAAGGGCAUGGAUUUACAUUGCAAAAGGCGUCCACAGUGUAUUAGUGACAUUCUUUCAUUGACAGCUGACAUCAAUCCAUUUAGAGUGAAAUAUUUUAAGCCAAAAAAAAAAAAAAUCCCCUUUUUAAAAAAGGGGGUUUAAAUAUCGUUGGCAUUAUUAAUGGUUUCUUUAAAUGCCCCUGGCUAUUCCCAGAGGUUUUCCUUAUUUUUUUCUUCCUUUUUUUUUUUCUUUUACUUAUUUGAGUCUUCACACCCAUUUAAGUUAUGAUGCUUCCAACCUUGUAUGGUUUGCAGGCUUGCCCAGAAAGACCACUGUUGAACUACCACAAAAGUAUAAAUGAAUAUUUUAAUGCCACAAUCUUUCCUGUUGCCUGUGGAGUCACUGCUGAAAUGAAUCAGGAUUCGAGCUCUAGGAUGAGAUAGAAAAUGAAAGCAUGUUGUUUGCCAGGACACUGUGGGUUUACAUUGAUGUGUAACAAGUUAAUUUGGAACACUGGAAUUUCAUUCUAUUCUGUUGUGUUUUUUUGUAAAGGCAAUUAACUAGUCCCAGGAAGGAUCCUUGAGUUAUAUAAAAUUUUGUUUUAUGAAAUGUCAUGGCUCCAUUCAUAAUUUUGUCUUAUUCUUCCAAUUGGUAUAUACAACUUUCAGAGCUCUUGUAUUUGUAAGGCUGGAAGGGCCCAGACUUUGAAAUAGUGUCUUGUUUUCACUGUUUUUGUUUUUUGUUUUAUUUUGUUUUUUUAAACUAAAGCUAUAUAAAGCUUGUGGAUUAAACAGAAUAAAUUUCUAAAUUUAAAAAUGUUGGCCACUC